AGAGGAGAAUAGUAGCAGAUUCUAAACAGUUGUUUUCAGUUGAGGUUGUGUCUGUCGCGUUGGUAGAAGAUGGUGUCAUCAGCUGGCAUCUGUAAAUGCUGGAAACAAGACCUUUAAUUUGCCUCACAAGAGGAGAAGACUACGGUAAAUGAGCAGUUGCCUUCUAGAAACAUGGAAAGCUUGAGAACUGAAAGACAGAAAUACCCUCAGAAGCUUGAUGUGACACACACUAGAAUCUGUCCAUGGAUAGAAACUGAGGCAAAAACUUGGAAUGAGUUGCGAGAGUCUCUAGCGAUGCUCAAAGCUGCCAAGAAGAUGCGCUGUAGGAUUCAGAGGAUUGAACUUGAAAAUUCCAAUUUAGUCGUCACAAUUGAAAAACAAGCAAGAGAAAUGGAAGUACUUGGUGAAAAACUGAUACAUGCAGGAAUCAGUGUGGCGGAAGCAGCACCGGAAGGAGAACCGAGGGAAACAAGGGAGGAUGUUGCUGCAUCGUGGAGUCAGGUGGAGCUGAUGGCGCUCACAUCUGAGCUCGCUAAAGUGAGAAUGCAAGACGAUUCUUGUAAAAUGGAAGUGCAAAAAUACAAGGAACUCUAUCUAAAAGAACUAAGAAGUAAUAAUGCUGUACUCUCAAGUCUUCAAAAUAGGACUUGCAAGCAUCCAGAGCGGUCAUGCUCAAAUCAUGAGGAGGAGAUGCAAUGGGAGAGCUCUUCAAUGAUGGCUCUUGUAGGGCCCCACCCCGAGUGCCCCCAAAUGCCAUAUCUAACAAGCAGCACCGUGGAGCCACAGGGAAAUGUGCCCCAGUCCUCCCAGUGCCCAGAAGCCCGAUGUGAAUUCAUGGACAAUCCCAGAAGCUGGUCUGAAGAUAAGGAGAAAGUAUGGCUUGAACUGAUCAGCUCAGUACGUUCUCUACUCUGUGCUUUGCAUCGAGAAACCAGGAGGACUAAAGAGUUACAAAAAGAGCUAGCCAAAAUGAAGAAGAUCUUUAACAUGCCCCCAAAAGAAGGGUGUGGACAUGAAGGCAGAAGACAUAGUUGUCGUGAGGUCUCAAAAGUCAGCCAAGCUGAAAUGGGUGUUCCAGGUGCCAUGCGAAGACUUGAGGGAGACAUAACAACUGCAAAGAGCUUAGUGUGUGUUCAUGAGACUCCAGGUGCCUCAUUCCUAACUCAGAUGGAACUUGAAAUGAAACGUAUCAAAUCUGCCAUCGCUGAAGUGAACACCCAAGAAUGCUUGGUUAAAAAAGAGCUGGAAGUAACUAAGCAGCUUUACCGAGGAGAGUUAGAACACAUAGACAGUGUGUCAUUGGAGCGGAAUGUGUAAAUGGAGAGGAGCCACAGCAAGAGAAGCCUGGGCCUUGCUACAAAAGCACAAUCGCAGAGAACACAGCUCAUGAUAUUAAUAGACUGCAGAAGUAACUGGACAGUGUAAUUCUCAAAAAUAUUUUGAUAAAUGAGCUUCCUCUAAAAUGCUAGUCCGGGACAGUUUUUCUUCCUCCAUUACAUAUGGCAUUUCCCACCUUAAUAUUCUUACAUAGUUGAUUUAAUUGAUUUGAUCUUUAAUUGUUUGUGUUAUUAUAAGUUGUAUAAUUAUAGGUUAAUUUUCAGAGUUCCAAUAAAUAUAAAGAC